GUUCGGUGUGGUAGAGUGACUUCCAUUCACUAAAACAAUGUGCCAGAACUGAAGAAGCUGCGGCUGCCUUCCACGAAAGUGGGAAAAUGUUAAUCCAUGAAAGAGCCCAUUUUUGCUCAGGAGGAAUUGCAAGAAGUAUAUCUGAAGGAAACUUGGCUGACAUGGACUCCCCAAAGCUCUCAAAAAGUUGUGAUAUUACAGAAUGCCAAGACCCAGGCACACUUCCCGACUGGCCAGUUCCUGUUGCCCUUCAAGACAAGAAUGUCUGUAGAGCUACAAAUCCAUUCUGGAGCAAACUGUCUGCUUCUAACCCAUUUUUGGAUGACAUCACACACCUGAGAAGCAGCCAGAAGAGAUAUAAUAUUUCCAUUUUGAAGGAAGAUCCCUUUCUCUUUUUUAGAGAAACAGAACCUGAAAAUUCCUUCGAUUCCUCUGGUGAUGAACUUGACGCGCAUCGGUUGCUGAAGAAGCCUUCCUGCAGGAGAGCCGGGAGAUCGAAAAGUGUUUCAGAACUUCUGGACAUUUUAGACGACACAGUGCAUGCUCCUCAGAGUUUAAAUAACUCCCACCAGAUCCUGGUUCAAGACUUAGAAUGGCUGCAAGACGAUCGCGAGGCUUACAAGAUGGCCUGGUUAAGUCAACGGCAGCUGGCCCGCUCCUGCCUGGAUUUGGAUACCAUCAACCAGAGUCCUGGAUGGGCACAAACACAAGUCGCAGAGACCACUCUGGUGUGCAGAUUAACCCACCGAGGGGGGUCGGUGCAGCUGCCUGAAUCGGACAUCAGCGUCCACGUGCCCCAAGGUCACGUCCCUGCGGGAGAAGUCCAAGAGGUGGCUCUCAGGGCUUUCCUGGAUCCCCCACAAAUGCUUAACCAUGGGCUUUCCUGCACUGUGAGCCCACUGCUGGAAAUCACGUUGAGCAACCUGAACACGAAGGAAGCCAUUUUGCUGGAGAUGAAAAUUGGGGCUGAAGUAAGACAAGAUCCUCUCAGCCAAGUCAUGACCGAAAUGGCGUGUUUACGCAGCCUGGCUAAAGAGGGCCCUUUUGACGUGUUAGACAACUGCUAUGUGUAUAAAGACACCGUCCAAGUGAAGCUCAUCAACGUGAGUCAGGUGACAUAUCUAGUGGUGGUUGCCCAGGCUAAAGCUCUCCAGUCCCCAGCUGCCACCAUCUGGGACUAUAUUCACAAAACCACCUCGAUUGGCAUCUAUGGGCCCAAAUACAUACAUCCCAGUUUCACUGCUGUUUUCACAGUCUGUGGACACAAUUACCUGCCAGGAAAGCUUACAAUCCCUGACAUCAAGAAGGGUGGUAAAAACACAUCUCCAGUUGUGUUUCAUCUCUGGGGGAAGCAUUCCUUCAUUCUUGAUAAGCCCCAAGAUCUAAGUAUUUCUGUUGUUUCGUGUGAUCCUGAUUUUGAAGUGAAGGUAGAAGGAGAAAAGAAAGAAAUCAAGAAAAAGCAGUUGAAAGCUGGUGAAGUAGUUCAUCGACAGUUUUUAUUUUCUAUAGUUGAACCCAGAGAGUUGCGCUUGUUUGCUUUUCGUGUUCGGUUGGACACUCCUGAUGGCAGUCCAGUCACAGAGUUCAGUAUUACUACACCUGAUCCAGCCCCAAACCUAAAAAGACUCUCAAAUAUGUCAGCUUGUUUGCAGAAUGAGAAGGAAAUCAAGUCUGCUUCUUUAUUACCGACAGUGCUUGUUAAAUAUCCCAAAUUUCAAGAUAGAAAUUUGAACUUUACCAACUAUGGGGUAGCCAUGAAGACUGUGCUACGACAAAUCAAGAUUGACUACCUUCUGGAAUAUUUCAAAGGGGACACAAUAGCUCUCCUUGGAGAAGGAAAGAUAAAAGCCAUUGGGCAGUCCAAAGUGAAAGAAUGGUAUGUGGGAGUCCUCAGAGGGAAGAUUGGACUUGUGCAUUGCAAAAAUGUCAAGGUAAUUCCGAAGGAGCAAGUGAUGGCUAUAUCAGAUACUGUCUUUACAACCAAGAAUCUUCUUGAACAGAUUUCCCUGCCCUUCAAAAAACUGACUUAUAUCUACUCGGUUGUGUUGACCUUGGUGACGGAAAAAAUUUAUGACUGGAGAGUUUUAGCUGAUGUGCUGGGUUACUCCCAUCUGGCACUGGAAGAUUUUGAUCGAAUGCAUACAGACAAAGAAUCAGAGAAGGUUUCCUGUGUUGUAAAGAAGUUAAAGGAAGAUUGCCAUGAAGAGAGAACUACAAGGAAGUUUCUUUAUGAACUCACUGUGGCUCUGCUGAAGAUGGAUUGCCAAGGGCUAGUGGCACAUCUUGUCCAAGAGGCUAUCCUUCUGACAUCAGCUGUCAAGCUUGGAAAGGCCUGGAGGGAACUAGCUGAAAAGUUAGUACGACUCACGAAGCAACAAGUAGAGGCCUACGAAAUUCCUCACCGAGGAAAAGCUGGAGACGUGUGUGCGGAGAUGAUGUGGAAACCUGCCUAUGAUUUUCUCUGUACUUGGAGUGCUCACUACGGAAAUGGCUACAGAGACCUGCUACAAGAUCUUCAGUCAGCUUUGGACAGAAUGAAAAGCCCUGCGACCAAACAAUGGAGAGACCUAACUGGAGCUUUGAUACUUGUCAAUUCCUUAGAGGUUCUGAGAGCAACAGCGUUCUCCACGCUUGAGGAAGUAUAGAAAUCCAGGCAGUAUUUUGAGGGAUGGGGAGAAACAAAACAACUUUUAGGAUAAUCCUGUCAACAGGUGUCUAGAUAAAUUGGAGGCCCUCUGAACAAUGGGUGUUUCACCAGGAGGCGGGCUCACAGAGCCCAGAAGAAAGCACACCAGGGAGGCCAAUCCCAGUGCACGUCCUUUCUCUCCCCUCUCUCUCAUGCUCAGAGAGGCUUCCAGUCUUACACCCAGCUGUCCUGUGGAAAAACCAGGACUAGUGAGUACUGCUCAAGGUUAAAUACAGACCCAGGAAAAAGCUUGCAGAACUUGGUUCUACUUUUUUUUUUUUUUUAAAUCACACCACAUAGCAGGGUAUUCAACACACAAGAAUACAGAGGGAAACUCACGGGGAAAUGGGAGGAAUUGUUUCUCUUUUUCAUUGUCUCUUGAAAGACUGCUGAAAAGAAAACAUGACAUCAACAGAGUUCUGAUAUGCACUCACUCAUGAACCUGGAGUUUUCAUCAAUGACAUCGUUGGGAAUCAACAGUUCUGAUGCUCACUCACUCAUGGACCUGGCGUUUUCAUCUACUUCCUUCAGCCCCGACAUGGACUCCCUCCCCAGGAUUAUCAUGUAAAGUCAUUCUUGAGAGCUCAGGGAUUUUUAAUAACAAGGGGGAUUUAACAAAAUAAUAAAAACCAAAAACCUCUUUUACCACU